UCAUUACAACAUUGUCUUGCUACUGAAAUGCUAAUGGCUCAUGCGUGCUGUCAAACAUUUCAGUUAAAACUUUAACAAUAAUGUCGCUUUCAACAGCAAGAUCGUUCUUAUCAGAGGCUUGUUAUGGGGAACAAGAGCUCGACGCCAACUCCGCUCUCAUGGAGCUGGACAAAGGGCUUCGUUCGGGGAAGCUGGGAGAGCAGUGUGAGGCUGUGGUGUUGUUCCCCAAACUCUUCCAGAAGUAUCCUUUCCCCAUCCUCAUCAACUCAGCCUUCCUAAAACUAGCAGACAUCUUCAGACUUGGCAACAACUUUCUGCGUCUGUGUGUGCUGAAAGUAACACAACAGAGUGAGAAACAUUUGGAGAAGAUUCUCAAUGUGGAUGAAUUUGUAAAGAGGGUGUUUUCAGUCAUCCAUAGUAACGACCCCGUGGCUAGAGCCAUCACCCUGAGGAUGCUUGGAAGUUUGGCUUCUAUUAUCCCUGAGAGGAAGAAUGCCCACCACAGUAUUCGACAAAGCCUAGACUCUCAUGACAACGUGGAAGUGGAAGCCGCUAUCUUUGCUGCUGCAAGCUUCUCUGCACAGUCAAAAGACUUUGCUGCUGGAAUUUGCAACAAAGUCAGUGAGAUGAUUCAAGGUUUAGAUACUCCAGUGGAGUUGAAGCUGAAGUUGAUUCCCAUGCUGCAACACAUGCAUCAUGAUGCCAGCUUGGCAUCCAGCAGCAGGGAGCUUCUGCAGCAUCUGGUGAACUCCUACCCUUCCACCCCCAUGGUCAUCGUCUCGCUGCACACAUUCACUCAGCUGGCUGCCUCCUCCCUCAUUGACAUCCCAAAGCAGUUGCAGCUUCUUCUUCAGUACCUUAGAGAUGAUCCAAGAAAGGCUGUGAAGAGACUCGCAAUUAAUGACUUGAAGCUUCUGGCUAAAAAAGCUCCUCAUCUCUGGAUCAGAGAAAAUACUCAGAUGCUGUGUGAGUGUGCUUUAACCAUCCCUUACAUCAGUUUGAAGCUGGGGAUGUUGGGUGUCCUCUCCACCUUGUCGGGAACAAUAGCAAUCAAGCAAUAUUUCAGUAAUACAGCAGGUGUCCCUUCGGUUCCUCCGCGGCUCACUGACCUGGUUAAACUGGCUCAAGAAUGCUGUUACCACAGCAACCUGGCUGUAGCUGCACACGGGGUCAUCGUGCUCUGCAACAUUGCAAUUUCCUGUCCAGAAAAAGAUGUCAUACAGUUGGAGCAGGACACCGUUUUGGGAGUAGAGUCCCUUCUGAUGCUGUGCAGUCAGGAUGGAAGCCCGAGUGCACAGGCCACACUCAAAACGGCCCUCACCUCAUUGGUUAAGCUGUUGAAAAGUCGACCGCAUCUCAGCCAGUCUGCUGUGGAAUUCCUGCUCGGCCAGCUCCACUUGUCCUUUGACUCCUCCCGCAUCCUCAUGUGCCACGCGUUGGCCGCCAUCGCCACACACCUGCCUGUGCUUGGAGAUGGCAUGCUGGGAGAUCUGGUGGAUCUAUACCGAGUGGUCAGUCACUCGUCCACUUGUGAGCAGCAAGAGCUUCUGGUUUCCUUGGCAACAGUGAUUUUUGUUGCAAGCCAAUCUUCUCUGUCAGCUGAAGUGAAGACAGUCAUCAAACAGCAGCUGGAGAAUGUUGCCAACGGUUGGACUGUGUAUCGCAUCGCACGGCAAGCCUCGCGCAUGGGAUGCCAUGAGUUCUCCAGUGAGCUGUACCAGUGUCUGCGGACGCGUGUGGCAUCAGAGCACUUCUACUUCUGGUUGAACAGCCUGAAGGAGUUUUCGCAGGCUGAGCAGUGCCUGAGUCACGUGGAGGACGGGGACUACAGCGGAGCCAUGACUGCCAUCGCCGAGGCUCUGCGCUCCUACCAAAAGGGCAUCGCCUCCCUUACAGCUGCCAGCACUCCUCUGAGCCCGCUCACAUUCCAAUGCGAGUUCAUUAAACUGCGAAUCGACACUCUUCAAGCUCUGUCGCAACUCAUUUGUACCUGCAACAGCCUGAAAACCAGCCCCCCUCCUGCCAUUGCCACCACCAUCGCUCUCACUUCAGGCAACGACUUACAGCGCUGUGGCCGCAUCUCAUUGCAGAUGAAGGUAUGCAUGGAUGAGUUCAGAAGUCUUGCCACUCGCUACGCUGAUUUACACCAGGCGUCAUUUGAUGCUGAUUAUGCCACCCUUCGCAAUGUGGAAUUACAACAACAGAGCUGUUUGCUUGUCUCUCACGUAAUCGAAGCUUUGAUACUGGAUCCACAAGCUGCCAGUUUUCAGGAAUAUGGUGCUCUGGGGUCAGUUCAGACGGAGAGUGAAUAUGAACGACGGAUGAUGUCAGUUUUUAACCGUGUGCUGGAGGAAGUGGAAGGCCUCACUAAGAAACACCCUCCUGUUUCACACCUGCAUACAAGUUGUCUGUGUGGCGCUGUUAUAGCUUUGCUCAAGGUCCCUCUGUCUUUCCAAAGAUAUUUCUUUCAAAAGCUUCAGUCAACUAGCAUUAAGCUUGCCCUCUCUCCGUCACCACGUACAUCGAGUGAGCCGAUCCCUGUGCAGAGCAGUCAGCAGCUGACUCUGAAAGUGGAGGGUGUGGUGCAACACGGUUCCACACCAGGACUCUUCAGGAAGAUCCAGUCUGUCUGUCUCAAUGUCACCUCAGUUCUCCAGACCAAGACGGGGCCUGAAUACAAGAUUCCACUAGAUACUAAAACGAAUGAGAUCGAGCAGCGCGUUGAACCUCACAAUGACUACUUCAGCACCCAGUUCUUGCUGAACUUCUCCAUCCUGGGGACCCACACGGUUACUGUGGAGGCGUCUGUGGUGGAUGAGAAUGGCAUUGAGUGGAAGACGGGGCCCAAGACGAUGGUAUCCGUCAAGUCUCUGGAGGAUCCUUACUCCCAGCAGCUCCGCCACCAGCUGCAGCAGCAGCAGCAGCAGCAGAGUGGAGCUCAGCCUGCCUCUCAGAGAGGUGCAUAUACUCGUUUCUAGUGAUUUCCUAUUCAGAGCUUCCCAGUAUGACCUAAUAAUUGUGUACAUACAUUUUCUUUUUUCAACGAUUAAAAGACGUUUCAUUUCUA